CUCCUGUCUGUUUUGCUCCUUGUACUCCUCUUAACUCUUCCCCCUUUUCUCCUCUUCCUUCUUCCUCUCCUCUUGUCUCUCCAUCCCUCCAUUCUUCUCCUCCUGCUCCUCUUUCUGUCUCCUCUACUCCUUUUAUUUCACCUCCUCCUCCUGUAGCUCCUUUUUUUCUUACUCCUCCUCGUUCUCACCCUCCUCGUCCUCUUCCUUCUUCCUCCUCCUCUACUCCUCCUGUCUCCAUCCUUCCUGCUCCUUCUUCUGUUUCUCCUCCACCUCCUUCUCAUUUGUCUUUAUUCCUCCGUCCUUCACCUCCUCAUUCUGUCCGUACUCCACCUGCUUCUGUGUCUUCCUCUCCUUUACCUCCUUCCUCUCUUCAUGAUUCUCCUCCUCGUUCUUCUGCUCCUCUUCCUCCUCUCCUUUAUCACCACUCUUCUUCUCACGUUUCUCCUCCUCCACCUCCUCCUGUCUUUUUUACUCAUAACACUUCAGCCAUUUGUUCUCCUCCUUCCUCGCCUCCUGUCCCUCUAUGCCUUCUUUCUCCUUCUUCUCCUCCAGUUUCUCCUCUUCAUCCUCCUCCUCUUCCUCCUGCUCCCUGCUGCCCCUGCUCCUCCCUCCUGCCUCGCCUCCUCUCAGCUCACCGGAUGGAGGUGCGGCGCCUCCUGCGAGGAGCUAUGGCCUCCCUCGGUCGUCGCCUGGACUCUCUAGAGAGGGGGAGCAGGAGGAAGAGGAGGAAGAAGAGGAGCAGGCAGAGAGGAGAAGAAGCAACCUGUUCUCCUGGUUCAGGCGUCUUAAGCCCCGCCCACCGCCCACCUGUUCCCACCUCCUCUUCACCAUCAUCUUCAUCAGACAGCGAGGACUCACCCAUGCCUCCUCUUUCCUCUAGUUUUAGCCAAUCAGAACAGAGGAGGAGGAGGAGCAGAGGAGAGGAGGAGGAAGAGGAGGAGGAGGAGGGCAGCGGGAGGAAACGGAGGAGGAAGAACCACAGAAGAAGAGAGAAAAGUAUUUUUCCAGAAGACAGAGAAGAAGAAGAAGAAGAAGAAGAGGAAGAAGAGGAGGAGGAUGCUGGGAGAUUUGUGGGGCGGAUGGCGGUCUCCUUCCGAGGAGGAGGAGCAGAGGAGGAGGCGCCGCUCACUCUGCACAAAUUCAACCACAGGAAACACAGAAGAAGAGAGGGGGGAGGAACCAGCCAAUCAGAGAAGGCCGUUAGUGUCGUCAGGCAGAAUGGUUACAGAGCGCCGCUGCUGCUACACAGCUCCUCUUCCCAGAAUGCCUUGCAACUCCUGCAGUCAGCCCAGAGUGGUCGGACCUGCAGCCAAUCAGAAGCUCUCAACAUCUCUUCAGGCCAAUGGCGUUUCUCUGACUUCACCGCCGCCCUCUCCCUCUCCUCCAAUCACGGGGCUUUCCACAUAUGGCACCUUUAUUCCUCCUCCUCCUCUUCCUCCUUUAACCCCGCCCCCAUGCUGCGUCUGUCAGCGGUUGCCGUGGAGACCAUGUCAGACUCAUUGCGGGAUGCCACCUGUGGGCGUCCCCUGCGGCGCCUGAAGGACUGGACGGCCCCGCCCAGUCUGAGCAGCGACCACUGUUAUGUACGAUCGCCGAAACCAAGCCCAACUUUUUCUGCCCGGCGACAGCAGAAGCAGCGGGCCAAUCACAGCUCCCGCAGCCUCCCCAGGCGACGGCCCCUCCCCCUGUGUUCAGCCAAUGGGCUUUCUGCUCCGCUUGCCGUUGGCCAAUCAGAAGUGAGCUCGGAGUUUCUCGGCACUAAUGGAGAGCGCUGUAAACGAGUGUCACAGAUCAGAAUCCGCCGCGCGUCGCCGCGGGAAACGCUGCUCACUCCAAUGGGAUUACCAAAGGUCAAAAGGUUAAAGAAGAAAGAGUUCAGUCUGGAGGAGAUUUACACCAACAAGAACUACAAAUCCCCCACCACCAACAGGAGUCUGGAGACGAUCUUUGAGGAGCCGCGGGAGAAGGACGGAGCGCUGCUUCUGAUUGGCCAGCAGAGGAGACGCAGGCUCCUUCUCUUCCCUGACUUCACUCAGCCCAGGAAGAGGAAGAGGCCGCAAGGGGUGGGACUUCCUGUUGUCAUGGUGCCCAGGAAGCGGGCGGCGGCUCGGCGACAUUGCCAUGGCGGCGGCGCCGAUGAUGACGAUGCGGACCUGGACGUGAUGCUGGUGGAGCGACUGAGCGCGCUCGAGGAUUUUUUGACACGGCAGGGCCUGGAUGUGUGAGCUGUGACAUCACUUCCUGUCAGCUGACCAAAGGGCCAAAUAAACAGAGCUGCUAGCACGCCUGCUACCGCUGCGUUACCAUGGUAACACCGUCAGCAAGUCGGUCUCAUGUAGCGGGUUUUUACUUUUUUUUUUUUUUGCAGUGUACUUGAUUUCUUUUGUUUGUUUUUGACUUUUUUUUACAGUGUAGGCUGUUUAAAUGUGAAUUUUUUUAAAUAUUUAAUAUUUGUAAUAGUUUUUUUUAACAGGUGACCUGUCAGGAGGCCACGCCCACAGCAGGGCACAGCUGGUUUUAUCUUUAUUUUCUAUUUUUUUUGGUUUCGUGAAAUAUAAAAAGACUUGGCUGCAGUUCUCUGUAGUACUACCUGAGUACUCUGUAGUACUGGCGGUGAAGUGUUUGGAGUUUUUAAAGUGUAAUAUAUAUUUCUGCUGAAAAUGUGUCUAUUUUUGGAACAAUUAAAGUUUGUUUCUGCUCACUGAA